AUGCUGAGUAAUUUGACCGAGCUGAUAUUUGGCAGAAGAUGUGUCGACGAAGAGCUUGUAGAUGAAGUUAAAGAGAAGCCAGUCGGUGGUGACAUCGGAACUGACGAAUGGGUCAUCAUAACCACUCCAAAAACCGGCAUGGCCGUCACGAGCAGUUCAGAACUCUCUGGCGAGUCGACGCCUGUUGAAAGCGGGCGAAGUUGGACGGUCACGCCGACACCUUGCUUUACAACCGAAUCGACAGAGGUAAAUGCGAAUAUCAAGUACAACGUCGAUGAAAAUCUGUUAAUCGAAAUGCCGCUAGUGAUGCACAGCAGAGAAAGCGUUUCGCAACUGUCAGAAGCGAGCUUGAACACACGAUCUUCCAGACUGCUGCGGGCAGCGGAUCUAUUUUCGGUGGCAAAGUUUGAUCAGUCGCGUUGGGUAUACAACAUAAAAGAAAACGGUAGCCAUUUGCUGUCUGCCGGCGGCUGUCGCCGCGAGAACCUCGCUCGCACUUUCAGCAACAAAGUCGUUCCCAGAAAGACUCGUAUGCGCAACUUCUCCUCUGGGCGCAACAACGAUAGAAAGUGUCAGUAA